CGCCGCGCCCCCGCCUCCUUCCCAUCCGCCGCCGCCGCCUUCGCCGCCGCCGCCGCCGCCGCCGCCUCUGCGCCGCGCUCCGCCCGGAUGGCCAGGGCUGUGCCGGAGAAUGGCGGAGCGAGAGAGCGGCGGCCUGGGCGGGGGGGCCGCGUCCCCGCCUGCCGCCUCCCCGUUCCUGGGGCUACACAUCGCGUCGCCGCCCAAUUUCAGGCUCACCCACGACAUCAGCUUGGAGGAGUUUGAGGAUGAAGACCUCUCAGAGAUCACCGAGGAGUGUGGCAUCAGCCUGCAGUGCAAAGACACCCUGUCCUUGCGGCCCCCGCGCGCCGGGCUGCUGUCUGGGGGCGGCGGCAGCGCGGGGAGCCGGUUGCAGGCCGAGAUGCUGCAGAUGGACCUGAUCGACGCGGCGGGGGACACUCCCGGAGCCGAGGACGACGACGAGGAGGAGGAGCGCGCGGCGCGGCGGCCGGGAGCGGGGCCGCCUGAGGCCGAGCCCCGCCAAGAGCCGGCGCCCCGCGGCCAGGGCCAGGGCCAGGGCAGUGGGGACACAUAUCGGCCCAAGCGGCCCACCACGCUCAACCUCUUCCCGCAGGUGCCGCGGUCUCAGGACACACUGAAUAAUAAUUCUCUGGGCAAGAAGCACAGUUGGCAGGAUCGGGUGUCUCGAUCAUCCUCACCCCUGAAGACAGGGGAGCAGACGCCGCCACAUGAACACAUCUGCCUGAGCGAUGAGCUGCCGCCCCCCAGCAGCCCCGCCACCACCAAGGAUCGAGGCACCUCCACCGACAGCCCUUGCCGCCGCAGCGCCGCCACACAGAUGGCACCUCCCGGUGGCCCCCCCGCUGCCCCACCGAGCAGCCGCGGCCACUCGCAUCGAGACCGCAUCCACUACCAGGCGGACGUGCGGCUAGAGGCCACCGAGGAGAUCUACCUGACGCCGGUGCAGAGGCCCCCGGACCCUGCAGAGCCCACCUCCGCCUUCCUGCCACCGGCUGAGAGCCGGAUGUCGGUCAGCUCCGAUCCAGACCCUGCCGCCUACCCCUCCACUGCAGGGCGGCCGCACCCCUCCAUCAGUGAGGAGGACGAGGGCUUCGACUGCUUGUCGUCUCCAGAGCGGGCCGAGCCCCCGGGCGGAGGGUGGCGGGGGAGCCUGGGGGAGCCACCGCCGCCUCCGCGGGCCUCGCUGAGCUCGGACACCAGCGCCCUGUCCUACGACUCGGUCAAGUACACGCUGGUGGUGGACGAGCACGCGCAGCUGGAGCUGGUGAGCCUGCGGCCGUGCUUCGGAGACUACAGCGACGAGAGCGACUCGGCCACCGUCUAUGACAACUGCGCCUCUGCCUCCUCGCCCUAUGAGUCAGCCAUUGGGGAGGAAUAUGAGGAGGCCCCCCGGCCGCGGCCCGCUGCCUGCCUCUCCGAGGACUCCACGCCCGACGAGCCCGACGUCCACUUCUCCAAGAAGUUCCUGAACGUCUUCAUGAGUGGCCGCUCUCGCUCCUCCAGUGCGGAGUCCUUCGGGCUCUUCUCCUGUGUCAUCAACGGGGAGGAGCAGGAGCAGACACACCGGGCCAUAUUCAGGUUUGUGCCUCGACACGAAGACGAACUUGAGCUGGAGGUGGAUGACCCGUUGCUGGUGGAGCUGCAGGCCGAGGACUACUGGUAUGAGGCCUACAAUAUGCGCACAGGCGCCCGGGGCGUCUUUCCCGCCUACUAUGCCAUCGAGGUCACCAAGGAGCCUGAACACAUGGCAGCCCUGACCAAAAACAGCGACUGGGUGGACCAGUUCCGGGUGAAGUUCCUGGGCUCGGUCCAGGUCCCCUAUCACAAGGGCAACGACGUGCUCUGUGCUGCUAUGCAAAAGAUCGCCACCACCCGCCGGCUCACCGUGCACUUUAACCCGCCAUCCAGCUGCGUCCUGGAGAUCAGCGUGCGGGGCGUGAAGAUAGGCGUCAAGGCUGAUGACUCCCAGGAGGCCAAGGGGAAUAAAUGUAGCCACUUUUUCCAGUUAAAAAACAUCUCUUUCUGUGGAUACCAUCCAAAGAACAACAAGUACUUUGGGUUCAUCACCAAGCACCCUGCUGACCACCGGUUUGCCUGCCACGUCUUUGUGUCCGAGGAGUCCACCAAAGCCCUGGCGGAAUCCGUGGGGAGAGCGUUCCAGCAGUUCUACAAGCAGUUCGUGGAGUACACCUGCCCCACGGAAGACAUCUACCUGGAGUAGCGGCGCUGCCCCGCCCUCUACAUCCCCGGGCCCUCGGGCCAGCACCGGGCCAGCUGGCUGCUGACGGGGCUCGGCACUGCUCGAGGAGGGGGGCCCAUCACCACCAGAGGGUGGGGAAGUGGGGGCCUUUGGCGGAGGGUG